AUGUCUUUUGCGAGGAACUACCGUUCACAAGGCGGAACAAUGUUCGAUGAUCGUUCAACCACUUUUAGUAGGGGAAGUUAUGAUUGGAGCGCGUACUUGAGCGCUGGUUGGAAUGAUAAUCAUGAUUAUCGGCGGAGCUGUCAGGAUUUCUAUGAUUUCUCUGGGAAACUGAGGAGCCAUAUUGCUGACAGUGGCAAGUACAAUAACCCUCCUCCUAGUGGUGCACCGUCUUUGAAAAGGAGAAAGUUCAGCUCUAGUAUGUGGGGAGAGGGUGAUGGACAUAAUUAUCUGCAGCUCAACACAUUUGAGGACGGUGGCAGAGAUUAUCAGCACUCAAAAUCAUAUGGAGAUGCUGCUAGGUAUCAAGUGCAGUUUAAUAACACGCACGGAGAUCAUCAGAGGCAGUAUGUGCAACCUAAGAUCUACAGAGAUGGUGGAAGAUGCCUACCAAGGUCUAAUAGCGUGUAUCAAGCUUCUGCACCUUUGACUCAAAGAAAUCCACUCCCUGCUCCUUUGAGGACAAACACCGAAGCAUCUACAUCUACUAGCUGUAAACGUGACCGCUCGAAAUUAGAAGAAGAGGAACCACUCUUUUUGUCAAGGGAUGAGAUUGAACGGUGCUCUCCUUCAAGGAAAGAUGGUAUUGAUGCUCAACAUGAAGCGCAUUUGCGCUACUCUUAUUGCGCCUUCCUUCAGGACCUUGGCCUUCGACUUGAUCUGCCACAAACAACUACUGGGACCGCCAUGGUGUUGUGUCACCGUUUUUUUAUUCGCCGGUCACAUGCUUGCCAUGAUAGAUUUUUAAUUGCUACUGCUGCCCUUUUUCUUGCUGCAAAGUCUGAGGAGACAGCACGGCCAUUGAAUGAUGUAUUGAGAUCAUCCUGUGAGAUUUUUCAUAAGCAGGACAUCAGUCUAUUGUCAUACGUACUGCCCAUUGACUGGUUUGAACAGUACCGGGAGCGAGUGAUGGAUGCUGAGCAAAUGAUAUUGACUACCCUCAAUUUUGAACUAAAUGUGCAGCAUCCUUAUGCUCCACUCACUUCUGUCCUUGACAAGUUAGGCCUGGCACAGACUCUUUUGGUCAAUGUGGCCUUGAACUUGGUUAAUGAAGGGCUUAAGAGCUCAUUGUGGCUUCAGUUCAAGCCACAUCAGAUUGCUGGUGGUGCUGCUUACCUUGCUGCCAAGUUUCUAAACAUGGACCUCCCUUCUUAUCAGAACGUCUGGCAGGAGUUUCAUACACCACCCACCGUUCUUCAAGAUGUGGCACAACAACUGAUGGAGCUCUUUUAG